AUGGUCCUGGGCUUCAUGGUCCUGCUCCUGGUGGGGACGGUGGGGACAGCUUGCAGGGCUCAGCCCGUGCUGACCCAGCCGUCCUCUGUGUUGGUGCUGCCUGGGCAGACCGCUCGGCUGUCCUGUGCCCUGAGCCCCCAGUACAAUAUCAGUGAGUUUGGCAUCUCCUGGUACCAGCAGCGCCCGGGGCACUCCCUGAGGUAUCUGCUCUACUACCACUCCGAGCAAGACAAGCACAAGCCCGCCAAGAUUCCCGACCGGUUCUCCGCUGUCAAAGACCUCGCCAGCAAUGCCUGCAUCCUCAUCAUCGCAUCUGCCCGCCAUGAAGACAACGGCAACUAUUACUGCGCCCUUUCACGUGCCUCCAGCUGGUUUUAG